UGAAAAAUGCCGACAGUAAUCGCCCUGGAUGUUUCCUUGUCGAUGAGACGUCCUGUCUCCACAGGACAUGAUGCACCUUCUAGUGAAACUGUAACUAGACAUCAUCUCGCUGUACAAGGAAUUAAUCAUAUUCUCCAUUAUCUACAAGUGAAUUCUAAAUUGGAAUUCGUGUCACUGGUUGUUUUUUCGUCGACGUACGAACUGCUGUGCCCAUUCACUCGAGAUUAUGACAUGAUGAGGUCAAGACUGCAAUCGAUUGAAGAACGAGACAAAACUUGUAUUGAGACUGCUCUUCAUGGGAUUAAUACAGUAAUAAUGUCAGAAUGGGGCAAUACAACAGCUUGUCAAAUAAUUUUGGUGACUGAUGGCAAUCCGGGGGUCGGACCCAUGUCCCUGGGGCAUUCUCUGAAUCAUAUGCACCUCGAGAGAGAGUCCAAUCCAUUCCCACUGCCUUUUCCUUAUCCUGGAAAGCUCAAUAUUGUCUGCAUUGCACCUCCACAGGACUCUGGACUAAAGUACGGAUUGCCCCUUUAUCAGAGACUGGUCGAUUUAGCUGGUGGAGAGAGUGCAGUUCUAGUACCUGAUGGACAACUUUCAAAGACAACUGUCAAUAAUUGUUUCCAGAAGUUAGCAGAGUCCAAUUAUAUUUCAUUCCAGGGAUAUCUCAAGUGUGGAAGUUUAGGAUCGAGAAUUCUUUUGUCUCCACCUCCAAUGUCGUACAAUAAGAAAACAGAUUUCGAGUCUAUCUCGGGAUUGGCUUUGGCGAAAACUCUGGAAAUUUGUGGCUUCAUCUCGGUGGCAGAUGUAGGGAGUCCCAGCUCAAUAUCAAGGCAUCUGAUUCUACCGUUGCCAACGGAAAAAACCCCAAGCAUGCAGGGUAUCUCCCUGGAUGAGGAGUCUGAUGGUGAGGACAAUGGUGACGAGGGGAAAUCUCCUUCGUUUUGUGUACUCCUCCAUGGAGCAUUAAAAGUUGAGAACAUGGCGGCUUUGUGUUUAUUAAACAACAAUUGGUAUGGAUUCAUAUACUCUUGGGCAGACACAAAAAAAAAAUCAAAUCUCAUGCUGACUCUCCUGGAGCCAGGGUGCGACGUUGUACCCUGGCUGGGGAAUUUCAAUGAUUUGGGAACCAUUGAUUCGGCUUCGAAGAAUGUUGAGGUCCUGAGUUUUCCCUUGAAACCAGCUGAGAAGAGAAGCUACUCCCAGAAUGCUCCAUCAUGGAUCAGACAGGUUGGACUCCAGUCAGAUAUUCAGAAAAUCCUCAGGCAUGCCAGAAAACUCCCGGAGAAGACCCAGAAUUUCUAUAAGGAAUUAAAUAGAUUGAGGCGUGCAGCAUUGUCUAUGGGAUUCGUCGAGCUCUUGGAGGGGCUUGCAUCGAUAUUCGAGCGCGAAUGCACCCUUCUCCCCCCAAACCUUCACUUGGACUGUACAAUUCAGAUGGGACAUGUUGCAGAAAUGUUGAGGAAACCUUAUUCUAGAGAAUUGAAAAAUAAUAUUACACCAGUGAGGACUCAAUUUCACAAAGGUGAUCAAUAAGGAACUUAACUCUCUCGAACUGAAGAGAAUAUUUUUGUACCAUCUGUGCAUCAAUCGUCAUUAAUCAAAUAAAUCAAUAAUAAUUUUUUUAUUAAUUAAAGUAUUAUCAUUUUUCACU